AUGUAUAAGACAACACAAAACUAUUCAUAUGCAGGUAAAUAACUGUAAAUCAAUUUAGAUUUGCUAUGUAGAUAAGGUAUUUCAGAUAAUGGCAGAUCAAUAAUAACAAUUGAUAAAGAAAACUCUUAUGCUCUUUUGCAAAAAAAGAAAUAGCUUUAAAAUAGAGAAAGCAGCAGCUCAAGUUAAUAAAAAAAUGAAAAUCGUUCGAAUAGUGGAUUAUAGAAAUCAGCAUCACUUUAACAAUUCUAUCGUGCUUAAUCUGCUGUUGAGAAAAAUUCAUACUAAAAUCAAAAAGGAAAUUAAUAAUAAAUCAAAGAAAUGAAGAAUGUAUCAUAUCUCUUUUUGCUCUAAUAAAGUGGUUAUAAAUUAAGACACAAUUAGACAAAAUCAACCAAAGAAUAAAAUAGCAAAGGAAUUGAAUUUUUAUAAAAUGAUUGUUAUAAACAGAAACCAGUUGAAAGUUAGGCUUAUAAGAGAUUGAAUGAGAAAUUAGAAUAUUUGGAAAAAAAAUUUAAUUAAUUAAAGGAUUCAUUUGUAAAUAUAAGUGAAAAUUAAUAAGAUAAAAAAUCAGAUAGAAUACAAUAAAAACAGUAUUCAUUAGUAUCUAAAUACUUUCCUAAGAAGUUUAUUGAAUAAUAAAAGAAUAACAGUUAAGAAGAAAGAAAAGUGACCAAAGAUAUUAAAUCCAUCUUCAAUAUUUAUUCAUAAAUAAAGGAUAUUAAAAGUUCUACUUCAAAUUCCUAAUUAUUGAAAUAAACAUAAGAAAAAAAGAAUGUAUAACUAUAAGAUUUUGUAACAUAAAUAAAAAGGGAUUUUAAUAAUAAGAAUUCUUAAUUAUUAAAAGGUUCUUAUGUUCACUAAACAAAUACUAAUUUAAAUAAAUCUGAACGAUAAUCAUCAAUGGAUGCUAAAUAUUAUUAUUUUAAUAAACUUAUUGAAACAUAACCAAAUGAACCUGUAUAAAUUUUAAUAUAUUUAGUUCUUGUAUUAUAUAUCGACUGUACUCACAGCUAUAAAAAAUAAAAAACCUACAGAAAUUGAUGAACUCAUUAAAGAUCAUUUUUCAUAAACAUAUCAAGUGAAUUUAGUUUUGAUUAAUUUAGGGAUUAAUAUAUGCAAGUAGAUUAGUAAUACAAUUUGAUCCAGAUAAAGUCAUCAAUUUACCAAGAUCCAAUAAUCUAAAAACGAUAGUAUUUGAUUUAGAUGAGACAUUAAUUCAUUGCAAUUCAAAUGUUUCUAUACCAGGAGACAUAAUAUUACCAAUCACUUUUCCAAAUGAUGAAAUUGUCUAAGCUUCUAUUAAUAUUCGACCAUAUGCUAAAUAAAUAUUAUAAACACUUUCAAAACAUUUUGAGAUUAUAGUUUUUACAGCAUCACAUUCUAGCUAUGCUAAUAUAGUGAUUGAUUAUUUGGAUCCAAAAAAAUAGUGGAUUUCGCAUAGAUUUUAUAGGGAAAAUUGUCUAUAAACAACAGAGGGAGCUUACAUUAAAGAUUUAAGGUAAAAUUUAUUUAUUUUUAGAGUAUUAGGAAAUCGAAAAUUAUCUAAUGUUUUAUUAAUAGAUAAUGCUUCAUAUUCAUUUAGUAAAUAAAUUGAGAAUGGAAUUCCUAUAAUUGCUUAUUAUGAUAAUAAAGAGGAUUAAGUAAUUUAUUUUAUUAAUUUAUAGGAAUUAUUGCAUUUGGAAAAUUAUUUAUUAAAUUUCAGACAUGUUAAAGAUGUUAGAGAUUUAAAUUAAAAAUAAUUAAAAUUAAAAUAGUUCUUAGAUUAUUAAGAUUUUGAUGAUUUGUAUAAUAAUUUACAUGGUAUGUACUUUUGA